AUGUUGGGUUCAGGAACAAAUUUAGUGACAACUGUUAUUGGAUUUGGCAUGAGUGCCACUUUCAUUGUUUUUGUCUGUACUAGAAUCAUUUGUGGUAGACUUAGAGGUGGUGUUGAAUCUAGGAUGAUGUAUCAGAUUGAAUCAAGAUAUGAUAUAGAACAGCCAGAACAUCAUGUUAAUGACCCUGAUCCUGAACCAGUUCUGCUUGAAGCAAUCCCCACUUUGAAGUUCAAUCAAGAGGCUUUCAGUUCCAUUGAAGAUACACAGUGUGUAAUAUGUUUAGCAGAAUACAAAGAAAGAGAAAUAUUGCGUAUCAUGCCGAAAUGCGGCCACACUUUUCAUCUUUGUUGCAUUGAUAUAUGGCUGAGGAAACAAUCUACCUGUCCAGUUUGUCGUCUUCCAUUGAAAAACUCGUCCGAAACAAAACACGUGAGACCUGUGACAUUCACCACGAGUCAACCUCUUGACGAACCGCCGCACGUAUCAGAAAGGACCACAGAUGUUGAACCUACUGUUAACACCAUACAACCAACUUCCGAAGAACCAGAAGCAAGGCAACGGUGA